AUGUCGACUCCUCGCAACGAGAUCUUCAAUCCCGUCGUCCCUGGUUUGCCUUCUAAGGGCGCGGUGGUGCGUCUCUGCAGGAAAAGGGGCCGCGAGUCCAGUACCGUCACCUAUUCCACUCGUGGAAAUACCUUCUCGAUCAAAGAUAGACACACUAGUAUGGAGGAAGCCCACGCACAGGUCUUUUUCCAUCGGGAGAUUCAGAAAAGAACCAACUCCCCCAUCCGGAUUCCUGAGGUCUACCGCGCUUUUCAAGAGGAUGGCAUAACCUACAUCGUCAUGGAGCAUAUUAACAUCGACUUCGAAAGAACUGCUUCAGAUGAACAGAGAGCACAAGCCAUUUCUGAGUUGAUUAGUAUCCCACCACCCCCAGGGGUCUUUGGGAGCUUGAGUGGUGGGCCUUGGAGACAUUAUUUCUUCCGAGACGCCGAGCCACCAGUUUUGUUUUCUUCUGCUGCCGAAAUCGAAGGCUAUCUUAAUAGAUGCCUAGCAUGGUUUAACACCGUCACGAAGAGACAAGAUAGAGUGGAUUUCAGCAGUGAACCGCUUCUAUGCUACUAUGCAAAUAUACACCCAAGCAACUUUCCUGUCGACAAGCAUGGUCAGCUCUGGGUAGUUGACUUUGAUCAAGCCGGGGUUCUCCCUUCAAGCUUCAUGGAUUAUGCAAUCGUGGCAUAUCCUAGAAACCGUCUGCCAAUCCCUAUUAGGAAGACGAUCCCUCUACCGGAGACAUCAAACCUGGGAGCCCUAUUGCGGGUCGGCUAUGUGACCAGAAAUAUUACGAAUGACUGGCAUAUUCCCCCAAAGGUAUCAACAGAGGCUGAUACCGAGUCCCCGUCAACCAGCUGA